AUGAGAAGCGACCGGCUGCUCCUGCUUUUCUUCCUUCUUUGGAGUCUUUGUUCAUUAGGAGACGCACGUGCUCAGUCAUUGCAGGCAGAAGCAAAAGCACUUCUCAAGUGGAGAGACAGUCUCCAAGACGCCCACGUGCUGAAUUCCUCUUGGUCAUUCCUCAAAUCCAGAUAUGGCGCUCCCUGCCAGUGGGACGGGAUACAGUGCAGCAGCGAUAAAACGAGUGUCGUCAAGAUAAGUCUUCAAAAUAAAGGUCUUCGAGGUACACUCAACUAUUUCGACUUCGCUGCCUUCCCUAAUCUUGCACAUUUCGAUCUCAGAGGUAACAAUCUCAAUGGAAGCAUUCCUGAUGGUAUAGGCAACCUCUCCAAACUUACCUUCCUAGAUUUAUCGGUGAACCAGUUUUCUGGCAGCUUACCCGUUACUAUGGCCAAUGUUACUCAAAUUUCUGAGUUCUGGAUAUCAGACAACUUUAUUGAUGGAGAGCUAAUACCGAGCUUUUUCACCAAUUGGAGGAACCUUACUCGUCUUGUGCUUUUUGGCAACAAACUAACCGGCAACAUCCCUCUAGAAAUAGGCCAGUUGGAGAAGCUGACACGCUUGGAUCUAGCUCAUAAUCUUUUCCAAGGACCAAUCCCAUCUUCCAUAGGCAACAUGUCUAGCCUUACAAGUUUAAACCUCUCAGUGAAUAAUCUAUUCGGACGUGUCCCUUCAGAAAUGGGGAAACUUAGCAGCCUGGUCGAGUUAAGCCUUUACUCAAACCAACUCACAGGUUCAAUGCCUAAGGCGCUAGGGAAUUUGUCUGGCUUGUCUCACAUGAUCAUCCUUCAAAAUAAGUUGUCUGGUGAGAUCCCUUCUGAGAUUGGAAAUCUCAUGAAACUCACCGAUUUGGACCUAACCGACAACUCCUUUCUUGGAUCCAUACCACCUGAAAUAGGAAAGCUUAAGAACCUUGUUUCUAUAAAAUUGUCAUUCAACUCCCUCGCAGGACCUCUCCCUACUUCUAUUGGACAAUUAUCUAGUCUAGUGAAUCUAAUCAUCAAUGACAACCAUCUUACUGGAACUAUUCCACAGACGAUAGGAGAGCUCACAAAUCUCGACUUCUUGGACCUUGAUACCAACUCACUUACAGGUUCCAUUCCAGUGCAGAUUGGAAACCUGUCCAGUCUGCAGCAUUUGUUCCUUGGAGUAAAUUUGCUGACUGGGACCAUUCCACAAGAGUUAUGGAAGCUCAGUGCGCUCAUUGAAUUGGAUUUAGCGUCUAACUUUCUUCCAGGUUUGGUCCCUCCUUCAAUAGGUAACCUGUCUGAUCUUUACUUCCUGAACCUGAGCAAUAAUAGCCUCUUCGGCACUCUACCUCCACAAAUGAGUAAUCUGACAAGUCUAGGCCAGUUGUUCCUUUCAGCGAAUAAUCUCUUCGGUUCUUUACCAUCAAUAAUAUGUAAGGGUGGCAUGCCCUUCGUCUUAUCUGCUUCCAACAACCAUUUCACUGGAUCAAUACCAGAAAGCUUGAGGAAUUGUACAAGCUUAUACAAACUCACUUUAAGUGGGAACCAACUUAGUGGUAACAUUUCAGAGGCAUUUGGAUCAUAUCCGAACCUGUUGCGCAUUGACAUAAGCAACAAUCAACUAACAGGAGAGCUCUCGCCGAGCUGGAGUGGAUGUCACAGUCUUCAACGGUUGGAUUUCUCUAAUAACCACAUCAUCGGCAAGAUUCCAGGUUCAAUUUCUCAACUGGAGAGAUUCCAAGAGGAAUAG